AUGAAAGCUAUCGUCGUAUCUGCGUUUGGGGGUCCAGAUGUCUUAAAAUAUUUUGGUAAUCAUGAAAUGCUAAAAGUUUUGGGUGAUCAUCAGAUUUUCAUAAAAGUCAGUCAUGCUGGAGUGAAUCCAGUGGAUACAUACAAAAGAGCUGGAAAUUACCAGCCUUCAUCUCCCAAGCCUCCUUAUACUCCCGGAUCAGAUGGAGCAGGAUUAGUACAUCUCUGUGGCCCCAAAGUUACAAAGUUCAAGCCAGGGGAUAGAGUUUACUUCUGCGACUUCCAAACAGGGUCAUAUGCAGAGUACUGUACAGUUUCUGAAGAUCGUGCUUAUCGUCUGCACGAUAAUCUUUCAUUCGAGCAAGGAGCCGCCAUCGGUUUCCAUACUUCACUGCCUACCGUGCUCUCAUUACUAAAGGAAAAGCUCGAAAAGGCCAAACGGUUCUUAUUCACGGAGCCAGUGGAGGGGUCGGCUUGGCCUGCUGCCAGAUUGCCAAGCACCUCGGCCUCAAAGUCUUUGGCACAGCUGGCACUAAAGAAGGCUAGAUGGAAUGGGGCCAGUGAGGUACUCAACCAUAGAGAGGAUGGCUACAUGGAACUGUUGAAAAAAGGACAACCCAUAGAUGUCAUUAUCGAAAUGCUUGCCAACGUGAACUUACAAAAAGAUCUUGAUCUCAUUGCAGAGGAGGGAGUUAUUGUGAUAGUUGGCAGUAGAGAUAGAGCAGAAAUUCUACCAAGAUCAAUAAUGAUGAAGGAAUCAUUAGUGACAGCCGUUUCAUUAUUCAGAUGCACGCAUGAGACCUGGAAAGAGAUGGGGGACUUUUUCGACAGGGGCCAGCGAGAUGGCUGGGUGAGGCCGGUCAUCGGGAAAGUUUACAAACUGCACGAGGCCAAUCUGGCUCACGAGGAGGUCAUCAAACACCAGGCUGGCUCUCAAGGAAAGAUCCUCCUCUCCAUCGACGAUUGA